AUGAACGUUCCAAAGUCACUAGUUUACGCGGAAUUGCUCUCAAACAUUAAACAGGUGUCAAUACUGGCAUCUCUAACCUCUCCAUGCGACGUAAACACUAAGGUUAAGCUAUUAGACGAUGGACAAAAACUGACUCUGAUUCAUUGUGGGCAAGUGCAGGUUUUCUCACUUCCUCAUAAAGUCUACCCCAAUUUUAAUUUUCAGGUCUCAUCAAAAAUCGGAUCUCAAGAAUUAUCCUGGCGUCUACCUCUGAUUGAUCAAUCCUUAAAUCAAGCUCGCCAGGAUACCUUUUGCUCUGAGGUUCCUUGGUCUGCAAAAGCAUUGGAAUCUCGAACAGAAUUAAGGUGUCGCAGUUGCAAUGAGGUUAUCGUGAAGGAAGGAAAAAUUUACUCCUGGAAAGACUUGCCAAGCGAGAAUUGGGCAGAGAUGAUGGACUUCUGGCAUUGUCACAAGCCGGAUGAUGUUCAAAGUCAUCAUGUCUUAGGUGAUGAUUGUACUGGAAGUCAGGAGAAUCCAACCUCGAUACACAUGAAGAUGACUGAGCGUGGAUAUGGUGCUAACAACAGCAUUUCUGCCCAGCACGGAGUAGGCUUUGUUGAUAUUUCUACCUUCCUCAUAACAGAAGAAGACUGUGUCAACAUAAAGGUCCAAAAGUUCUGCUUUGAUGCUAAUCAAAAUCAGCUUGUUGGGUGUCUUCAAUGUCAAAAUGAGGUAGGGACCUAUCACUCGGACUUGAAUGGUAUCAAAUUCUGGAAAUGGAAACUACGUCUUAUUAGUCCAUCACUCAGCGGGCGAUUUGGGCAGGGGGGCUCUAUAACAACAGUUCCUUCACCAACCUUAAGCUCCUGGGGAUCGAAAUUCUCGGCAUCCACAUUUGUGUCAGCUGAAAUACUCUCCAAGAUGUCAUCACAGCUUGUUUCUAAAUUUCUUCUCAUGCCAAUUGUCAAAGUUGAGUGCUCAACUUGCCUUUUACUUUGGGUAUUCGGUGCUUCGAUAAGAUUCUCAUCAUCUGACUUUGCAAACCUUGACGGUGGUUCAGGCGGCGAAGGUCUUCCAGCGAUUAAGGUCUUUUGGAAAGUAGUGCCAGAGAGUGAUACCAACUUAAUCAGUGAUGCUGUAGGUAUAGAAGACUUGUUUCUACCAUUAGAUGCAAUCUUGGAGACAGAAAAAGUGCUAAAAGAUAAUGGAAAGUUAAUUCCUCGGAAUUCUCGAAAGUAUCUUGACUGGAAUGUGGGACUACUUGAGAGAUAUGAAGAAAAGAACUUAAAUUAA